AUGCCGACAGGAGAAGAAGAGCAACGGAGGGAGAAGAAGGGAGGAGUGAUUGGCAAAGCGAAAGGGACGAUGCCGUCUGAGAUGUCAUGGCGUUGCUGCGAGGGCCAGUUCUUCCCUCUAUCGAUGUCCUUCCUUGUGGCUUGCCUCGUUGAGGCGAUUUGGACCAUCCCUGCAGUAGACAUGACGGAGAUGGCAGACAGAGAUAGCAGAGAUGGUGCGCCGGCGGACAAGGAAGUGUACAUUACCCCACCUUCAGCAUUCCCUUUCAACUACUUCUUUUCCGACGGUGACUCGCAGCUCAGCAUUCCUCCGCCUAUCACCCACCAACCACCCACCUAUUUGCGCCGUCUCCUCGCCAACCUUCUUUUUCCUCUUCCCACCACCGAGUUUUUGCUCUCUUCGAACCAUCCUCACCAACCAACAUUGUCAUUUUCGCCACCCGAUUACCAUACUGAACCUCGCUGUCGCCCAUUCACCACCACUUAUCACCACCAUACUACGUCUUCGGACGGAAACAUAAACAUCAUGCUCAUGCCCUCUGCGUUUGCCUGCGACCUGUCGCAGCAGCAGCAACACCACCAAUCCACACCUCGCACUCGUCUUCAAGCCGCCCUCCUCGCCUCUCCUCCCGCCAGCCCUCCCUCGCUCUCGAGCCAGGGCGCGUUCGGCGACAUUUUCAGCACCUGCCGCUCUCUCCAGACCCUCCUGUCGACGCCUCCCCCACAACCAGUCGAUGAUCCCGUUCCCGCGACACAGCUACCCACCCCACCUCUGGCGUAUGCGCCGCCUCCGCUGAAGCUGCGCCUGCGCCCGCGACCGACCAAGCCAGACGGCCCAAGCGACCACCUACCGCGCAAGAAAAUCAUCAAGCGCGCCCCUCCGCGCGGCGCGAACAAGCGUCGCCGCGCCCUCCACGACGAGGCCGAGGACGAGGACGAGGACGAGGACGAUGGCGAUACCUCGCAGAGCGAUCUCGAGUCCUCCCCCCUGCGUCGCCAUUAUCCCACAGAACCCCGCACGCCUCCCGCGCCCCGGACACCCAAGCGCGCGCGCAUCGCUCCCGAGGUGGUUCCUCUCGGGCUUGAGCGGUCCGACUACCAUAAUCUGCGUUUGCUCGAGCUGGGCGGCGCAAGCGACUGCAACAACAGCAACAAUUUCACUUUGCGGGAUGCAGCGAGAGGGGCAGAGCCGCAAGGGACCAACCUCGAGGUAGAGGCCGACGGCGAGUCGUGGAGCGUUGAGGAUGACAGGAUCCUGGUGGAGCUGGUCCUGGAGAAGCUGAAGCUCACAAAGACCGAGUGGCAAGACUGCGCUCGCAACCUUGGGAAAGAUCGCAAUGCGUUGUCGCGUCGGUGGAAGAGUUUGAUGUCCAAGGGAGAUGUUGGGCUGAAGGGGACGCGGGCAAGCAGGAGAGUCAAAAUCCAUGCUACCUGGAGGUGA